AUGAAUGCUGACUUUAAGAAUGCCUUCGAAGCUCUUCAUAGUAAGGUGAAACUAGUGAACGACUUCUCAUCUGGAAAGAAACUGAAGUCUGAAGGUUUCGACAAAGAGUUAAGAGAAGUAGCACAAAAUAUGACGAAAAUAACAGAUGCAGCAACUAGACAGGCAGUUCAAAGUGCCUAUGACGCCGUUAGAGCAACUGUUGUGGAAAGUCAAGAAAAAGAGUUACAACAGACCAAAACAGACCUAGUAAAUGCUUUCUUAAAAACGAAAAGUCAGGUAGGACAUUAUGCUGCAGAUGGAACAUAUGUGCCAGCUGGUGGAACUUAUAUACCACCAAACCCUCCAAGAGAAGCACCUGCACCAGGACUACCUAAAACAUUUACAUCGUCACAUGGACACAGACACAGGCAUGCACCAAAACCAACACAACAACCAACAGUUCAAAAUCCAGCACCACAACAACAACCAAAACCAACAGUUCAAAAUCCAGCACAGCAACCAACAGUUCAAAACCCUGCACAGCAACCAACAGUUCAAAAUCCAGCACCACAACCAAAACCAGAGCAAAACCCUGCACAGCAACCAACAGUUCAAAACCCUGCACAGCAACCAACAGUUCAAAACCCUGCACAGCAACCACAAACAGAGCAAGGACAUAAAAGAAGUAGAGAAAAAGGAAACCAAGAAUUCUUAAAAAUGCUUAAGGAAGAUUAUGGUUACCCAGAUACUCUUGACUUUAGUGACAGAUAUAAAGAAGCUAUUAGAAAGUUCAAGGAAGGAAAUACUGACCCGAACCUAUUUAGCUUUAUGGUUCAGCAUCAAAUGGGAUAUAAUCUCAAACCUGGAAAAUACAAGCUCGCUAAGGGAUAUGAUUUAAUAGCAUAUCAUCCAAAUGACAUGAAUGAAUUUACUCCGAGAUAUUUGAUGUCAGAGCUAAAUGA